AGUCUCCUCUCCGAGAGACAGCCACGCUGCCGCUGCUGCUGCUGCUUUCCGACGCUGGAGUACGAGGGGCAAACAGCGAGCUCCAUCACCGUCACCAUCAUCCGCUCGAGUCUCAGAUCCGGGGGAUUUACGCCGCUCUUCUUUUUGAGACCCGCGGAGUAAAAGUGCAGAGCGCACACGCGGAGCGCAGAUCAAGCCUUUUUUUUUUUUUUUUUUUGGUCUCUGACACUUGCAGUGAAGAAUGUUUCCAGCUCACUAGAGCCUGAAACCACGCGGAUAGUGGAAUUACAAUCCGACUUGUUUAAUGAAGAGGAAGAAGCAGCAUCCUUUCUCAACGUAAAGGACCUGCAUUCAAGGGAGCAGCUUCCGUUCACACCCGAUUGGAUGAGAGUCUAAUUAGCCCUUGGCAACGAAAGAUGACGUUUCCAUGGAAACAAAUAGUUCUGCUAUCAAUCACCGGAUGCCUUGCAGCUUGUACAGAGGAUGUCAUAUUUCAAGGGCCGAGAUUGAGGACCGAGCCAAGUGACCUCAUUUUAGCCAUCAACUCUCCGGACCAGAGGGCCACUAUUAUGUGCGAGGCGGAAGGGAUCCCGACGCCGCAGUACAGAUGGUCACUGAACGGAACACUCAUUGAUCUGAGGACUGACUACCGGCGUCGCUUGUCUGGAGGCAACCUGAUCAUUAGCAACCUGGACAAGGACCAAGACGUGGGGAUUUACCAGUGCGCUGCCUCCAACACGUGGGGCUCCGUCCUCAGCCGGGAAGUGACUCUCCAAUUUGCAUAUCUUGAGAACUUCAAAACCCAGACGGUAAGGAGUGCAGUCAAUGUUCGAGAGGGACAAGGAGUGGUGUUGUUGUGUGGACCACCUCCGCAUUCUGGAGAACUGUCUUUUGCCUGGAUCUUCAACGAAUAUCCGAAUUUCAUUCAACAAGACAGUCGUCGGUUCAUCUCUCAAGAAACUGGGAGUCUGUAUAUCGCUAAAGUGGAGCCCUCAGAUGUGGGCAAUUACACCUGUGUCGUCAACAACACCGUCACCAGAGAGAAGGUGCUGAGCUUGCCGACGCCUCUGGUGCUCCGAAGUGACGGUCCAAUGGGUGAAUAUGAACCCAAAAUAGAAGUCCAUUUCCCUGAUUCGGUUCCAGCAGCCAAGGAAUCGUUGGUGAAAUUGGAAUGCUUCGCGCUGGGAAAUCCUGUCCCAGAGAUUACCUGGAGGAGAACCAGCGGUGUCCCCUUCCCCCAAAAGGUCAAGAUGAAAAGCUCCAACGCGGUUCUUGAAAUUCCCAAUUUCCAGCAAGAAGAUGCGGGGACGUAUGAAUGUCUGGCGGAGAAUCGGCGAGGCAAAAAUGCCGCACGGGGUCGUAUUUCAUUCCACGCUAAACCUCAGUGGUUCCAGACAAUGGCCGACACGGCUCUGUCCAUCAAGGAAAAUCUCUUCUGGGAAUGCAAGGCCAAUGGAAAACCCAAACCGUCGUACAGCUGGCUGAAGGAUGGCCAGCCGCUCGUGCCUGGGAGUCGGAUGCAAAUCGAAAACGGGGCCCUCUCCGUAACGGCGUUAGACCUGUCUGAUUCAGGGAUGUAUCAGUGUGUGGCUGAAAACAAACACGGCGUUGUUUAUUCCAGCGCCCAACUAAUAGUGUUAGCCUCAGCGCCCAGUUUCUCCAGAAGUCCAUUAAGGGCUUUGCUAAAAGCUCGGUCCGGCAGCGAAGUCACUUUGGAAUGCACGCCUCAAGCUUCACCCCCAGCAAUUAGCUUUUGGAAGAAAGGGAAUGAGGUCAUGCAAAGGAGUGAAAGGACAGCGCUGUAUUCCAACGGAACCCUCAAGAUCGCCAAUGUAACCAAACAAGACGCGGGCAGCUACACGUGUGUCGCGAAGAAUCAGUUUGGAGUGGCCAGCACCACUGGAAAGCUCAUCAUUACAGAUCCCACCAGAAUCACCAUGAGGCCUACUAACAUGGAGAUUAUCGUUGGUGAGAGCAUUGUCUUACCCUGCCAGAUUGCCUCAGAUCCAGCUCUGGAUGUCUCCUUCUCGUGGGCAUUCAACGGCCAGCUCAUCGACUUCCAAAGAGACAGCGAUCAUUUCGAGAGAGUGGGCGGGACUAUAUCGGGGGAUCUAAUGGUCCGUAACAUCCAGCUGAACCACGGGGGGAAGUACGUGUGCCUCAUCGACACAGAUGUGGAGACCCUGUCCACGUCUGCCAUCCUGGUGGUCAAAGGUCCACCAGGGCCUCCUGACAAAGUAACAGUGGAGGAGAUCACAGACAGCACGGCGCAGCUCUCGUGGACUCCUGGAAGAGACAACGGCAGUCCCAUUACAGGUUACAUCAUCCAGGGGAGAACGCCUUUCACCGUUGGAUGGCAAGCUGUCGACACAGUCCCAGAGGUCGUGAAUGGGAACUUGUUGACAGCUACAGUGGUCGGUCUGAACGCGUGGGUGGAGUUCGAGUUCAGAGUAGUGGCCCGUAAUAAUGUGGGCCUCGGGGAACCCAGUCCGCCCUCAGCCAAGACCAGGACAGAGGAUGCAAUUCCCGACGCAGCUCCUACUGAUGUCGGAGGUGGAGGCGGCACCAAGUCUGAAUUAGUGAUAACAUGGGAGCCUGUGCCAGAGGAACUGCAGAACGGAGAAGGCUUUGGUUACAUCAUCGCAUUCAGACGGAAGGGAAAAGUCAUGUGGACGCGAGCUGUCAUGUCCACGCCGGGUGUGACGCGCUACGUCUACAAGAAUGACUCAGUAACGCCCUUCUCACCCUUUGAUGUCAAAGUGGGAGCUUACAACAACCGUGGGGAGGGGCCCUUCAGCUCCAUAGCUACCGUGUACUCAGCAGAGGAAGUCCCCAGUGUAGCUCCGAAGAGGGUUAGGGCCAGAAGUGUGUCUGCAACACAAAUUGAAGUGAUCUGGGAAGCUCUGCCAGCCAUCCCUGAACGAGUGCUUGGCUACGAGAUUGUUUACUGGGAAGACGACACCAAGCCUGACACUGUUGGCAAAGUGCGGGUUUCCAGAAACUUCACGUUGGUGAACAUCACAGGGCUGAAGGCAAACACAGCAUUCUACCUCUCAGUGGCUGCCAUCAAUACCGCCGGGCCCGGACCGCAGUCAGCGCCGAUCAACAUCACGACAAAGAAAUCACCUCCAGACCGCCCCCCUCUCAACAUACAAUGGACCCUGAUAGGCUCCACUCUCAAGAUUCACUGGGAUCCUGUCGUAGCCAUGGAGACGGAGUCAAAGGUCACCGGGUAUUUGGUGCUGCUGAAGCGACAUCGCUACGGCGAUGUCCACACCGUGCGGACCGACAAAACCACCACGGAGCUCAGUCUGUCCACCAAUGACAACUAUUUCAUCCAGAUCAAGGCCAUGAGUGAGGGCGGGGAAGGUGCGGGCAGCGAGCCCAUCGACAUCCACAAACUCAGCAUGGGAGCGAGGGGAUCAGGAGCAAGCCGCCUGAGCUCACUGCACCUCUCUGCAGUCCUCAUCUAUUUACUCCUGUGUUUCGUCUGGUGAUGGCCCAUCCGAAGCGCUCUCCCUCCUGCUCUGCUCUUCGGUCAUCACGUCUGAUGUUGACCCUCCUUGGGAACAGCAGAAGGCCUGGGCGAAGGCAAAAAAAAAAAAAAAACAGUACCCUGCCAAACUCUUUUAAGGGACCACACCACAAAUUUGGAUGGAAACGAACUGUGUGCAUGAUUUACCGUCAGUGUUUCUGCCGACAUACUGCGCGUCACUUUUUAUUUGACAGGUUAUGAUGUCGACAUGUCGAGUACCUUCUGGGGAUACUGCUGCCUUAAAAUCCCUUUAUCGUGACAAUACCAAAUUUGCUGCCAUCCUAUGUUUCAUCAUUUUAUUUUAUUUUUUCCCAAAAAUGAAAGGCUCCUUUUUUACGGGGUGCAGAUUGGUUCCGAUUCGGUCGUGGCGAACUCGCCUUUUUUUUUUUUUUUGUCUAGACGCACAUUAUACAUGGAUUUGAACUGUGCCUCAAACCGAUUUUUCCCGACGUACUAAAAUACAAUUAGACCCUGUGGAGAGGCGUCAGCGCUUCAGGCUUCCUCUACAACACCGUGAAAGAGCUUGGCAUUUUGUUCUCUAUCUCAAGCCCCUAAAUAAUAAAUGCCCAUCGCACUCAGCAUUCUCAGCCUCUCCAGAGAAAAAUCGGCUCUGAUUGCCAAGAGGAGACAUGCAGAGGUUCUGUGUCAGGCAGAUCCCACGAGGCCUGCACCUUCUCUGCAUUUAGACGACCCCUGUGCUAUAUACGUAGAUCAUGUUACGUGUACAAUACAUGCAAGAUGACCAGCCUGCCCAAUGCACAACCAACUACAGGAUUAUAGUGCCUUCACUAGAGCUUUUCCCUCGACAUUCGGCAAAACCUUUAAUUUGCUAAUAUGUUCCUUUAACAAGCAAGAGAGGAUGUAGAGAAAGAUUAGUAUUGGCGAGUAGUAUAUUGAUCACAUUUCUAAUACAGUGGCACCUCGGUUCUCGACCACAAUCCGUUCCAGACGGCUAUUCAAGAAGCGAAUUGUUCGAAAUCUGAAUCGAUUUUUCCCAUUACAAUGAAUGGAAAAAAGAAAUAAUGCGUUCCAAGCCUUAAAAUAGUCUUUUGUAGGAGUGAAUGUAGAGUGUCUGCUGCAGGUGCGCUGUUCCUCUAUGUGUGUGGCCGCUGCAUGUGGGAGGGGUUGCCGAGUGAGUGACGUCUCUCCAGAAGUGAAGAGGUGCCCGGUGCGUGUCCAGCUCUGAAUGUGCGCUUCUGUGCAGUUUGGCUGUGACAAAGUCAUAAACCAAGUCACGCUCUGUCCCAGACUCGCCUCAUCCCUGUCCCAGCUCCAGCCCACAACAGGACAUCAAACCCUGGAGUGGAGGUGUGGAGAGCGAGCACCUCCCCUGUGACACUCUACCACGGUCCAGUGCGGAGACAGGAAAGGUUUUACACCUCAAUAUGAAGAAAAUACAGUCAGUAAAUGUAGCUAACGGGACACGUCUGCAUACAGAGGCUGCGUUAUACACAAUAACAAAGCGCGUCGUGGGUCAGCUGAUCGGUCCGCACGCGUCAUGUUCGAGUUCUGGAUUUUCGUUCGAAAUCUGAACAAAAAAAAUCCCGAAAUUUUUGUUCAAACUCCGAUUGGUUCGAAGUCUGGGAGGUUUGAAAACCGAGGUUCCACUGUAUAAGGAAAGACAAAAAGGGGUAGGAAGCUUUAUGAAAGCCGCUGUGUAUUAAUAAAUCCGGUGGGUCCAAGUGGUCUGUGGUGUAAUAAAUGUAUGAUUUCAUUUGUUGUAUAAUUCACGGGCAAUUAAUGAUGGUGAAUAAGCCUUUAUUGAGAAGGACUGUCAUGUCACCUCCAGAUCCCCGUCGUGUAGUCGACUCACAGCAGACUGAACAAUCACAAAAGAGCCUCGCGCUGCAGCCGGGGGGAGCCAUUUUUCACACUUUUUAACCAAGUGGAAGAGUCUGUCAAAUGGCAGCCGGGUAAAAGCGGAUGACCAGGGGUCUCGACGAUGGUGUUCCGUGAAGGAUGGGGCUGCACUGCAACACAUUUACUGUGCCUUUGCUCAACAUGGGGGCAGUGUCAUUCGCUCGAAGGAUGACGUUGUCAGUGGUUUUGCACACAGGCUGCUCCCUCCGCACCCCCCCCCCCACACACACACACACACCCCCGCCACCCCUCAAAGUCAAAUGAAAGCACAAGGAAUUGAUGCAAGGUGACUGCGUGUCCUCUCUUGUUGGUCUGAACAGGUGUGCAGAUCUCAGAGGACUCUUAAAAAUCUAAACAGCUGACAUAAUCAGGCUGUGCUAUCUGCUCCUUGACUGGUUUCAUAAAGCUCUUGUGGUUGCUGGUGAGACUGCUAAAGUCCAGCCAAUGGGAAAAUGUUUUUUUGUUUUUUCUGUCCUUAUUGAGCGAUAAGCACCGCUUCACCUUUUGUGUUUAUUUUAGACGGUAAUAGCAUUUUGAUUGUGAAAUCUUAUUUAUUUAAUGGUCUGAAUCGAUUGAUAUUUCAGUGUCGCUUCAAAUCUGCUUGUUAGGCUUGUAUUUUCCGCAUCACGGCCGCCGCGCGCCUCCGAAAAGUAGUUCAACUGGCGCUUGUUGUCAUGUUGUACUUCAGCCCACUUCUUCACAAACAACGAUGAAAAGAUGUGUCACGUUGUGUUUUAACUUUUCACAAAUUAGCAACGCCUCUAUUGAGUCACACAUAUUGAAGUUUUUUUUUUUUUUUUUUUUUUCAAUUUGCAAAUGCUCUUGACAGCUUGAAAAUAAAAUCAAGAUUCAACACGCAGUCUAUUCACAACCUCUGCAGUGGAAUGAGAUUCACCUCAUGUGUGAAGAAAAAGGACCGUUUUAAUUUAACACCUGCGGAAAAGUGAGUUCAUUAAAUGCUCAGAUCUCUACUGGUGACUGAAAUACACAUUUUAAUAUGAGAAACUUGGCUUCAUUCUUCGCUAUAAAGUCCACAGUGGUGUUAGAAGUCAGUGUAUUGAUGCUGGAAAUUUGUCAUGAAACACAGAUGCUGUGGAAAUCACAACACGCUAAACACAUGAAACAUGUUUUCUUCACACGUUUGUCGAUAAAAAGAAAUCCUGCUUUUCCUUUGAGUUGAUGAAAAAGAUGUUUUGAUUGAUAGAAGUGUCGCUUUAUUUUGUGAGUGCUCAGUGUCGUGAGAAUGGAACGUGGUGCCGUGUAAAUAGCUUGCGUAUAUUUUUCCAACAUGGCCAUCCAAGACGAACUUACUGCUUUUAUAUAGUGUGUCCUCGCGACCUUAAUACUGAUGUAUUAAUCAAUGAUCUCUGUGAGAUACUGACCUGUAGAAAGACGUUUUCAUAUUGAAAAGUAACUGUUUCGUCUUGUAUACUAAAAUCGUGCAUGUUAAUCAUUGUUUGUGAGUUUGUGUUGAGAUUCUUUUUUUCUAAAACCGUAACUUAAUAAAAUUGC